GGGGGGGGGCAUCAGUUGGCGCGAGAGAGGACGCGCGUCGCCGCAACCGAGUCCGCAGACGGGCGAACCCCGACCGGCACCCACGGCUACAACCGAAAGAAACCCUUCCACCGAGGACCAUGGAGAGCGCCAACAACCUGAGCCAGCUCCCGGUGCUGCGCAACGACAGCGGCCGCUUCUGCGGGAACUUCACCGACGGCCACAACGUCAGCGCGGGCUUCGCGGAGGCGCAAUGCGACGGCAAUCGCGGUGUGACCGGCAUCAUGGAGGUCGACGCCAACCCGGUGAUCAUAGCGAUCGUUAUCACCGCUCUCUACUCCCUCGUGUGCGUGGUGGGGCUGGUGGGAAACGUGCUCGUCAUGUACAUCAUCGUCAGAUACACUAAAAUGAAGACCGCCACCAACAUCUACAUCUUCAACCUCGCCUUUGCUGACGCCUUGGUCACCAGCACGCUGCCGUUCCAGAGCGUCAACUACCUGAUGGGGACCUGGCCGUUUGGGGACAUAGUGUGCAAGAUCGUGAUGUCCAUCGACUACUACAACAUGUUCACCUCCAUCUUCACGCUGACCACCAUGAGCAUCGACCGCUACGUCGCCGUGUGCCAUCCGGUCAAAGCGCUGGACUUCAGGACGCCGCGUAACGCCAAAAUCGUCAACGUCUGCAACUGGAUCCUGUCCUCGGCCAUCGGGCUGCCUGUGAUGUUCCUGGCCUCCGCCGCCGUCACUCCCUCCAGCAGUGUUGACUGCAUGCUAAUAUUCCCCCACCCCUCCUGGUACUGGGACACCCUGCUGAAGAUCUGCGUGUUCAUCUUCGCCUUCAUCAUGCCCGUCCUCAUCAUCUGCGUCUGCUACGGCCUCAUGAUCCUGCGGCUGAAGAGCGUUCGCAUGCUGUCGGGGUCACAGGAGAAGGACAGGAACCUGCGCCGAAUCACCCGCAUGGUUCUGGUGGUGGUGGCCGUCUUCAUCGUGUGCUGGACCCCGAUCCACAUCUUCGUCAUCAUCACAGCUUUGAUCAAUAUCCCCAACUCGUCGCUGCAGACUAUCACCUGGCACUUCUGCAUCGCCCUGGGAUACACCAACAGCAGUCUGAACCCGCUUCUUUACGGCUACCUGGACGAGAACUUCAAGCGUUGUUUCCGUGAGUUCUGCACCCCGAGUCCCUCUGCGCUGGAGAUGCAGAACUCGUCUCGGACCGGCGUGACGAGCCGCAAGCUCCCACAGCGCGAACACAACAGCGCCAACACAGCAGACCGGUCCAAUCAACAGGUAUGACUAGCCUUGGAGGGGUCGUCGGUGGACUCUCACUGUUGCGGCGGCGUUUCCAACGACGAUUUCAGCUCGGAGGUCACGCAGGUCACCACGGGGCUCUGACCGCACAGACGCAAAUGACACAUGCA